AUGAUGUUCUCGAGGAAGGUGUUUUGGGGAGCUACCAGCCCACGCUUAGCGCCGGUCAUCACCACCGAGUUCCGAUGGCACCACAAGAAGACGACGCUCGCGACGACGGCUAACAGCUGGACGGACGACGAGGCGCGACGACGGCUGCGAUCGUAUUUGUCGAUGCUGGAUCGGCAGAAGAGGAGGAAGAAGAGGAAGAGGAGGAAGCAGGGCCACACCUGCGGCACCAGCAACCGGGGGACGAGGCUUAGGAAAACAGUAAACAAGAGUUUGGUGGCGCUGUCAACUUUGGUCAAAGGGCACAACGACAUAGACUGGUGGUGGUCAGCGACGAGGUUGCGACGAACGCAAUGA